GGAUGCAAUGGGAAAAUAACCCCAUUAUGUGUUCGUUGGGUCGUGACUGAAACAUGAAUCAACCAUCACAAACCAUCAGGCCGAGGUCAAUCUCGUUUCAUCUCUCUACGAACUAGACGCAAAUAAGCAAGUUUCUCGACUUUUCCAUUACCGUUUGUACACAAACCAACACUGCUCAGCCAAUAAUCUCUCUGAGACCUCUGGACAUCUUCUUUGAGAGCCUCUCGACACGAGCAUGUGUUCAUGGGAUUGAAUUUCCCAGCGCAAUUAGUCUUGAGCGUAGAGACUGACAAAAUACAUUUGAGGCUGUUCACAGGUUACGGCGAGGUAAUCUGGUGUGCUUAGUCAAAGACGCUGGUAGUGACAGACAAAUAUUCAUGAUCUCAGCGUUCCAGACACAGUAACUUCUCUCAAGGAAAUGGUUUCAGUAUUACCGCAGUUAACUAUUGUGCCAGUAGAAAGCGGAAUGAAUUCUGUUAGCUCUGUGUUCAUGCCGCAAAGAAACAGUUUUCGUCCAAAGAAAAAGUUAACAAGAAUUGCCAACGGACUCAAAACCCAGGGAAUAACAAAUCAGUACAAUUUACCUCCGCAACUAUUUGUGACCUCGAAAACGGACAAAAAAAAGUUUUCCUCCGUUCCAAAGAUAAUAAUUGAUACGGUAGAAGAUGACAAACCCUGGGAAAACAGGAACUCGCCGAGGUUACAGGCGCUACAGAGUUAUACAAAGCCAGGACUUCAUUGCAAUGCAAGAUUUCUUCAUCCUUCGUAUACAGUCUGCGCGGCCGUUUCCGCGAAUGACCCUAGCGCUCUCAAAAAUAUUCUACUCUCGGGGUCCGUGAAUAUUGAUCAGUUAACUUCGAGCGGGGCUUCGGCACUUCACGAGGCGGCUUAUGACGGGAAAAUAAGUUGCGUAAGCGCUUUAAUUCAAUGCGGAGCUGAUGUGAACAUUGUAGACAGCGAAGGAUGGACACCGCUCCACGCCGCAGUUUGCGGGAGAAGUUUACAGUGCGUCGAGCUACUUAUCGGUCGUGGCGCGAACGCCAAAGCGAAAACGGACGACGGACUAACACCGCUUGGAAUCGCGUUACAACAAGGCGACAGAGACAUGAUUAAACUAUUAACAUCGCUUUCUAAUCGGACGCAAACAUCGAACAGACCGAGAAGGUACUCUUUCAAAGAAGCGAAAGCGCUGUUGUCAUUUUCGCCUUCAAAUGUUUAAUUUAAUGCGUGGGAUGUCAGCAAAGGUUUCCGCAAGGAUAUCAAGAAAGCUCGAUAAUACCUUUAUCUGAAUGCUGUGAAUUCAAAGAACUAUGAAGGCCAAUGACGAAUUUUCCGUCUGACGUAUUUACAGUUCCUAUUUCUCUCUCUCUCGUCGCUUCCUUUUCUAUAUUAAAUUACUCGCAAGAACAGCUUUAGUUGAAAAAUGCAGAGCGUGUCAUCCGCCGUUGAAAGUUAGAUUUGCAGACGCUUAUAUUUAAGACUAAAUUCAGCCAUGAUAUUGUAGUCAAGAAGCUAAACAAAUGCAUAAACAAGAAUAUAUUUUUCAGAGAGCCGGCUGGCCGGCGGUAAAUAUUUUUAUAAGCUUGGAAAAUAUUACAGUGUGAAUAGAGCAAAAAAAGCAAAUAAAAGAAAUUUAGC